AAUUAUGAUUUUUUUUUCAAAUCUCCAAGGGAAACAAAAAUUGGUUUAGAAAAUCAGGUAGUUUAGAAAUCGGGGGUAAAAUAACAGUGUUUGGAUGAGGGGAGGGAAACGCCUUAUGGUUCAAGUUAUCGGUAGAUUCCAAUAAAUUGAGUGUUCAAAAAAUCGGGAUUAGUAUUUUUAGGGGUGAAUCACAAAGUGGUAAGAUCUAAAAGCCAUGCUGUACUUCUUGAUUAUUAUAUGGCUUUUGUUAGCAGCCAAUAUAACACAUGCUCUGAUUGGCUAAUUCUAGGAUAUUAUUCUCCUCACCUGUAAAACCAAAGCAGAAAGCCAUACAAUACACAACGUAAUAUUAACCUUGAACGUUCGGUCUUUACCGGUAAAGACCUCGCUCUUGGAUAAUAUGUAGUUAUUAUUGAUAAUGAGGGAUGGCCCAGGUGAUCCUGAUGUUCCCCUAAAUGCCUUUUGUCAGUUUUAAUGCUGCAAAAUUAUCCUGACUUUUAUGUGGCCUUGAUUUUACCAAUAAUUGAAAACUUGAAGCGUUUAGGGCUCAUAAUGAACGAAAAUAAACAGGAUUGCCUGCAUGUACCUCUAACUACUUUGAAUUAUGUGACCUAUAGCUCCCUUGAUAUUAAUAUCGUUGUACUGAUUUUCCUCGUAGGCCAUGACAGACAAAACAGCCAACUACAAAUCCAGGCUUCAAAAGGCAGAAAAUAACAAAAAGUCACAGAUAAAGAUUUUGAAGAAAACCCACGAAUCACAACUGGCAAUGAAAGGAGAGCUUAUUCACAACUUAGAGGAAUUAAUUGAAGAACAAGAAAGCAAAAUUGCCGAACUUGAAAGUCACAUCAAAGGAUCAAGCCCUUCACAGUCAUUGCCGGCAGCGAGCACAAAAUCCUCAAGUAUUAAAAAACUAGUCGACUCAAUAAACGAUCUUCAUACUGAAAAAAGCAGAAUACACGAAACGUGGCUGUCGACACAGUCGGAGCUCGAAACAGUCAAGCAUGAACACAAAGAGACAGUCAAUAAUUUGUCAGAAAGUAUUUCAGAUUUAGAGUCUAAACUCCGCAAGUCACAAGCCGAGAUUAUCAAGUUACAGAAUGUUGGAACAGAAAGUAUCAAGCCAAAAGAAAACGACAACAAGCAACUAAUUUCCUUGCAAGAGGAAAACGUCGGUUUAAAAAAGAAAAUACAGACUCUGGAACACGAACUUCAAAGUGCUCAUAAACUACAUCACAGUACAAAAAAUCAACUUGAAGGGGAACUGCUGAAUCUCAAGAAGAAACUGCGAGAUGCUGAGGCGAAGUACAGCAGUCUGGCGGCCACGCCUCCCAAGACGAGAACCAUUUCCGUUGUUUCGGAAGAAACUAAGAAGCAGCUUGAUCAAAUGAUUGCGCAGAACAAAGAACUUGAAGAAAUUCUUGCAAAGGCGAGAUCGGAGUACAACGCUAAGGUAUCAGCUCUACAGGCUGAUGUCAAGUCUUUGAAAACCAACGUAGAGGAGAGUACAAGAAAUGAGCAGAAAGCUUUGGCCGAUUGUCGGACGCUACAAAAAGUUGUAAAGGAAAUGGGCUCUCUUGAGUCUGCACUAAAGCAGAAGGACAGCAAAAUAAAAUCACUAGAAGAGGAGAUCAGCAAAUACAAGUCAGACAUCGAUCAGCUUGGGCAAGAAUUUGAACAACAGAUGAAAGAUUUCGACGAGGAAAAAAGAAAACUUCUAGCAGAGGAGAGAGCCAAGACGGAAAGAGAAACAAGCUUGAUGCGCUCCAAACUAAAAAGUGUCACACACCAGAUGGGAGUGAUGAACAAUAUCCUGAAAGAAUUAAAACGAGAGCAGCAAGACCUUAGAAUAAGUUGCCUAAAACUUGGAACUGGAAUCAAACCAGCCGUUCGCGAGGCAAUUAAAAAAAUAACAAAACGGAUCGAAGGAAUUGACGACAAAAACAAAGAACUUGUAACGAAAUAUAAGAAGGAGAUGACUUUAAGGAAAAAACUGCACAACGAGUUGGUGGACUUAAAGGGCAACAUCCGGGUAUACUGCCGAGUUAGACCUGUGAUAAAAGAAGAUGGAGGAGGAAAACAUGCUGAAAAUGUCAUCUCCUUUGAUGAGGAUGAUGAUGCCAUCCUGAACGUCUUCUCAAAGGGAGCACCAAAACUAUUCGAGAUGGAUAAAGUGUUUAGACCAGAAUCCACUCAAGAGCAGGUUUUCGAGGAAGUCAAGUCGCUGAUUGUGUCCUGUAUCGAUGGUUAUAAUGUGUGUAUCUUUGCCUACGGUCAAACUGGCAGCGGCAAAACAUUUACAAUGGAGGGCCCGUCUUCCAAUCCAGGCUUAAAUCAGAGAGCACUGAAACUUCUGUUCGAGGAAACACGUGACAGGGGAGUUGACUGGCACUUCAGUAUCAACGUGUCUGUCAUCGAGAUCUACAAUGAAAUGAUUCGUGAUCUACUGGGCGAUAAUCCUUCAGCCAAGCUUGAAGUGAAACAAGGAAAAGAUGGUCUUUAUGUUCCUGGCUUGACUGAAAUACAGGUCAAGGAUGUACAGGAACUAAACGAGGUAUGGCUCACCGACCGAACAACCGACUGGAUAAUUAGUUCCAUGAUUAGAUGUUUGAUUGACUGA